AUGGAAUUGAAUGAUGAUAUACUUCUUGGGAAGAUUAUCCCCAGUUUGCCUUUGAAGUUUGUUGUUCAAUGUAAACUUCUAUCGAAGGAUGUUAAAAUUAUGAUUUCUCAUCCUGAUUUUGCCCGAACUUUGUACCAACAUCAUAAAGAAACUUGUACACAGCUCAUUUAUUCAAUAAAUGGGUUAGGCAACAGACCAUUCUACAAAUUCUCCAUAAACCCAACAAUCACUCUCACUCAAUCUGUGUUACCCUAUGAAAUUGAGAUUAUGGCUUCGUGUAAUGGUCUGAUUCUCUUUGACUUUGAACGACCUAUGCGUUUUUGUGUUUUUAAUCCCGUAACUGGAGAGCACCAAUUGAUGCCAUACCCAGAUCUAGAGUCUGCAUAUAUGUAUGAAAGUAAAGGCUUUGCUGUUGAUUACCCGGCUUCAGAUCAAUACAAAGUGGUAAUCAUCAGUAAGUUGGUUCAAAAUUCUAACUUGUACUACAAAUUUCAUGUACUUUCAUCAGAGAGACCUGGCCUGUGGCGUGAAAUCCAACUGAGAACCAAUACUUUUAUUUCUUUAUCCUACGGUGUUCCAUCUGUUUAUUGGUGCGAUUCUCUGUAUUGGCUCAGAGAUGAUGGUAGUGUUCUAGCAUUUGAUACAAAGAGAGAAGAAGCUAUACUCAUUGACCGUCCUGAGUUUAUUGAUCAUUUUGAUCAAAGCUACGGUAAAAUGUUGGUUGGUCAGGAUAAAUGGCUAGGGAUGGCGCGAGGUUUUCUUACCCUUGUAUGCAUUUUCAGGAAGUACAUAGUCAUAAGCACUUAUGGCAGUGCAAGCAGCCGUUGGAGGGUUUCUAACACUUUGGAAAGCUUUGUUUCUCGUCCAGACGGUAUUAUUAUUGGCUUUCCAGUGUGGAUCGACAGCAGGCAAGUGUCUUUUAUGGUAAGACAUUUGAUACAUAAUGAUCUAUAUGAGUAUAAUACUCAGAUCAAUAGAUACGAAAAUAAUGCUGUGGUGUUGGGGUCAGUUAGUUAUCCCAUGUAUUGCUUCCAUCCAACAUUAGCUGGUGCCCAUUACACACCCUCCAAUAAUAUAGAGGCUGAUGAUCAGACGCAUAUUGCUACAAAUUUGGACAACAUCAGAAGAUUUAUCAUCGAAGGUAUUUCUAUCCCUGAAGAAACUUCAUCAUCAUCAUCAUCAUCAUCAUCAUCAUCAGAAGAAGAAGAAGCGGGAGGAGGAGGAGAAGAAAUAUUGUAA